ACUCAAGAAAUCAUUUGAGCUUUGAUUUUUGAAAAUGGGUGUGCUGAGUGAGGGACUUACACAGAUUCUGAUACAUGUGGCUGCCUUCAUUGGACUUGGGUUUGCUUUGUUUUAGUGGUUCUUGGUCUCCAAGGUCAAGGUCUCAGGUGGCUAUGGUGAAUAUAGUGGGUAUGUUGACACUCUUGAGGUUUCCAUCAAGUGUGCUGAAACUCAGAAUGCCAUAUCUGUUGGGCUUUGCUAUUGGAUCAGCUGCUCUUGUUUCCCUUGCUUUGUUUGCUGCCUUUGUGAGCAAGGCAGGCAUCAACAUUGUUGAUGUGUUGACUCCAAAGGUCUUCAUUGGGUUGCUUGUGGGAGCCAUGCUUCCAUACUGGUUUUCAGCCAUGACAAUGAAGAGUGUGGGAAGUGCAGCUCUCAAAAUGGUUGAAGAGGUUCGUCGACAGUUCAAUACUAUUCCCGGCCUUAUGGAAGGAAGAGCAAAACCAGACUAUGCAACCUGUGUCAAAAUCUCUACUGAUGCUUCACUAAGGGAAAUGAUCCCACCUGGUGCUUUGGUCAUGCUUACACCACUUAUUGCUGGAACCUUCUUUGGUGUGGAGACUCUUGCUGGGGUUCUUGCCGGUUCACUUGUUUCUGGUGUGCAGGUUGCCAUCUCAGCUUCAAACACGGGUGGUGCAUGGGAUAAUGCAAAGAAAUACAUAGAGGCAAGUACUUUGCUCUUCCAACUUUUGAUUUGAUAAUGUUUUCUAUUA